AUGGAGACAUAUUCUAAGGAAACUAUCCGGCAAUUAAAGAUUUUUCUACAACAUUGGUUACAUGAAAGGCGACCUAAUGAUGUUCUUACAAUUGAUUCCGACCGGAUCCUUUUCAGUAAUAAUUUUGGAAUACAGGAAAUUCAUCUAUACGAUUUUAUUGGGAAUUGUGCAACUGUUUUGGAAAAAUGUGUGGAGGAUUUGCGAAAGGAAGGAGUGACAACUAUUCCUGUACCGGAUUAUGUAGGACAGGAUGAUGAACAACGAUUAGAAACAUUAUUACAUUUAACGCAACAACCCUCCUUCCAUAGGCGAAAAACAUUACAUAGAAUAGAGACCUUUUAUUAUUUAGGGGAAGUUCUAACUCUACGAGGAUGGCGGAAGAAAGAUGCCCGGCGAAUAAGAGAGUUAUUCAGCACCAAUAAAGGCGCUAGUGAAUUUAAGAAGACGGCUAAGCGUGUAUACGAAUUGUUCCAGGCGAGAGGAUUGGCUAAUUUGUAUGCAGUAACCUAUAUACGACCACAUCACCUUGACCAGAUGGAGGAAGACGAAUUUUAUGGUCAAUUACUACCGAUUGCUCGCCAGUUGCGUGAAGCCGAAACCCUGAUCUUAAUACAGGGCUCGCAGGAGCUCACCCUUUCUAGGGGGGGCUGA